UUACAUUGUCAGUGAUAAUAAAGUGAUUUUUUUUUUUUUUGAUAUUCUCACACGGAGCACCACAACCACCACCGUCCACCACCACCACCACCACCGCGGCCGCCAAUGGUGGUGGAGUUUACUUGUUGAUUACAUUAUUAUUAUUUUUGUUAACGCGAAUAUUUACAAGUGUACCGUGUGUGUGUGUGUGUGCGUGUGAGGUUUUUUUUAGUUUUAUUAUCGUUGUUUACGUUUCUUGUUUUUUUCGAUAUAUUUCUACGGUUCUUUAUCCUCUGCUGCUCCGUUACUUGAUUUUUUUUUCAUAUAUAUAUUAUACUAUCAUCGGUGCUGCCGCCACGGCCGCCGCCGCCGCCGCCGCCGUUCCGGUCCUCGUUCGUCGUUUUUUUUUUUUCAUGCCCAGUGCGUUUUAUGCGUCGCGCGCACUACAUACGCAUUCACACACACACACAGUUGCGUACACCGCCGCAUUCGCGUGCGAAACAUUGUUGACCACCGUUCGGCGCGUAACGAAACUGAAAUAACAUUAUAAAACCACCGUCGUGCCCCGAACGCGAUAACACUCGUGCGGUGAGAAACGACAGCGACACAACAACAACAACAACAACACGAGACGCAGCAACAGUGGUGUGUCCGGGCUGGCCGCCGCCGAAUGACGGGAUAAAUAAUAAUAAAAAAGUGUGUGUGUGUGUGUGUAAAUAGAGCCGUUCGCCAGACGUCCGCUCUGCGAACACACUAAUGAGAAGACAACCGACAUGUAGACAACAUGCACCGGGUGUCAUCAGUCGUAGCUCUUGGUGUCAAGAGUGCAUCGUAAACUGCCGGCGCCAUGGAAAGUACGGCUGCAGAUACGCAUAAAGAAAGAUCAGCUGAACACUUAUCACAACCUUCCGUUGCCGAGUGUCUGGACACCGCCUCUGCGACUUUGUCGUCCACGAUUACGUUAACGGUGUUAGUGGUCAAAGAUGAAAGGGGGUAUGGCAUGAAAGUGUCCGGUGACAAUCCAGUGUUUGUGCAGUCGGUAAAACUGAGCGGUGCCGCGGAAAAAGCGGGUUUACAUAGCGGCGAUAAAAUCAUCAAAGUCAACGGUAUUAACGUUACGCACUCGACGCACACCGAAGUCGUUGAGCUUAUAAAAUCUUCUACCCAAGUGGAAUUAACGGUUCAAAAGAAACCUUUGUUCAUAAUAAAUCCUCCGCCAAAUCCUAACCUAACACUUCCCCCGUUACCUUUGCAAGCGAUGAAUUCCGGCACGGUCGCCUCCUCAGUAACGCCAAGUCCCACCGUAACACCGUCUAGGCCCUUGCAUCAUCAUCAUUCAGCUCCCGCUCGUGAUAGAAUAACAGGACCCCAGCCCGUUGAUGUCGAACAAAUGAGACAUGUCGAGCUAGAACGUUGGCAGACAUUCCGGCUUAUGUUAGAAAAAGAACAGAGGUACGUGGAAGCAUUGAAAAAAGAACUGCAGAGAACGCCAGACGUAGCCGGUGGGGAUAACUACAAACUGAUACGGGAAUUGUCGGGCGCCGAACGUCGUGUAAAAACGUUGCAAGAUCAAUUGCAUUCGUUUAACGAAAUACCGCUUUGUAAUAUUGUUGCACAACCGUCUGCUGCAAUACAGCCUCCUCCACUACCACCGAGAAACCCACCACCACUACCUCCCAGAAAUCCAACGGCCCCUCCGAUUAGUAGCGACAAGCAGUCGAAUAUUUCAAAUAGCACCGGUGUUAACAAUAACGAAACUGACUCGCCUAAUUUGUCUUUGUGUCAUCAACGCACAAAGUCUAAUCCGGAUCAACUCGGCGAAGGGAAACCUACCGGCAGCAAAAAAUUAACCUUGUCCGAGUCCUUCAAUGAUUUACAUUUGGUAAAACAUUCGAAAGGUGGACUGGCCUGGGAUGUGGUUUCGCCGCCACGUCGAAAUUCGCCCAAUCGAACCGUUGACGUCGCGUCGCCGUCUGAUAAAUUGGUAGACACGAACAAACAAGGUGAUCAAUGCUUGGCCGAUGCGGUCGAUUCUAACGAUACGAAACCAGCACAGACGCCGAUAAUAUCGAUGGAGGACGAUGAUGUUUCUGAUCAAGAGUCUAGUCAUUUGGAAGAACACGGGCCCUUCAAAAGUUUCACAAGACUGGUCGAACAUAACGCACACCUAGCAGUAUUUUUAAACUAUGUCAUAUCGAAUAGCGAUCCGUCGUCUUUGCUAUUCUAUUUAGUUACAAACCUGUACAAAGAGGGCAAUGCCAAAGAAAUGAAAAAAUGGGCUUAUGAAAUCCAUUCCAGUUUUCUCGUGCCAUAUGCGCCGUUGAGACUGACAAAUAUCGAAGAGUACAUGGUGCGUGAAAUUGACGAUAUACUACAAAAACAAUCAGACCGUGAAGAAAUCCUAAGAAAAGUAUUUUGGAAAGCACGUACAAAAGCCAAAGAAGAACUGAACGAACAACUGUGUGAUUUUCGCCACAGGAGAACGGCCGGACUCGGUACAUUGUUCGGACCGCCCGAUUCUCAGCUAGACGAUAGCGACAACGAUAAAGUGAAAGAACUGAAAAUAAUCGAAAUGAUUCUCGUUCCCAACAUGGAGCCGUUUAUCGAAGACAUGGAAAAAGACAGUGUCGACGAUAGAAGAUUUACAAUGGCCGCUGCACUCGCUACCGUCAUGUCGAAAAUGUUUGGCCUUCGUGGAGCGCAAUUCAGCUCGUUUUUGGAACGAUGCCCCACUUUUGUUUCCAAAGAAAAAUCCUUAAAAGCCAAAUUGAUCGGAAAAUGUAGAAAGUUCACUUCCAAGGGACAUCAUUUCGUGGCCCAUCAGUACUUCACGGUGACUUAUUGCAACCAUUGUCAGUUGAUCAUUUGGGGAAUCGGACCGCAAGGCUAUCAGUGCACAAAUUGCAUUUUAAAUCUUCAUCGAAAUUGUGUAAAACAAUUGGACGAAAACUGCCCCGGCCCUAUAAUGAAGAAAGAAAAGGCCAACGAUCGCAUAAGUAAGCUUAUGGACAAAAUAAGACCCGAACGCGAAGCCAGACGAAAACCGACUCUAACAAAUUUCGUCCAAAUCGAGAAAUCUAAACGGCAAACGGAAGAUGCUGGAGACGUAGUCGGCGCUCUUCCCGAAAAAGACUCUGAUAGAACAAGUUUAAGUGGAAGUAGCUUCUUGAUUAAAACCGACGAUAGUUUCAAGUCUGACAAAGGAGAUACGAGUGUUGUCGACGACAUAUCGCAUUGUCCGAAAACAAAACCUUCUACCAUUUCGAUUAAUCGGUCGGAAAGUUACAAAGAACGUAUUCAUCAGAAGCGACAAAUUCGAGAAAGAAGAAAAACGAGUGAUCCUAAUCUGCCUUCCAAGUACAAAAGCGACGUUGAAUCGGAAUUGCAAUUUUCAUUUGCCCGUUCGGAGAGUUCUUCAAAUUCAAAUUUAUCCACAAAAAGUUUGGAUAGCCGCAGUACAUCCCUGGAGGGUAUCGGUCCCGGCGGAGAGAUUACGUCGUGUUUGUACAGCGAUUCGGACCACGAAUUGGACCUGCCCGACUGGGCCAGCAACGUAACGCCGGAAAUAUUGGAGAAGUUGUCGCCCAAAGAGAAGAAACGCCAAGAAGUCAUUAACGAGCUUUACCACACCGAAAGAUCUCACAUUCGAGGACUGAAAGUCUUGGAGCAUGUUUUCCAUCGGCCCAUGAGAGAAUCGCAAGUGUUACCGCACGAACAACUUCAACUGUUGUUUGCCAACCUCGAACAAAUGUACGAGCUCCAUUCGCAAUUCAGUACCAUGAUGAAAGCCGUGCGAAAAGACAACCAAGUCGUACAAAACAUUGGACACGUCCUGUUGAACACGUUUGAUGGACUGGCCGGUGAAACUUUUCAAAAAGCUGCGGCCACGUUUUGUGCACGGCAGCAAAUCGCGCUGGAGUUUCUCAAGGAGAGCCGCAAGAAGGACCCGAAACUCAAUAAAUUUCUAACCGAAGCCGAAGGCAAUCCCGUGUGCAAACGUUUACAACUCAAGGACAUUUUGCCCACGGGCAUGAUCAGGUUAACGAAAUAUCCUUUGCUGUUCGAGAGCUUGGUGAAGUGCACCAACGACGACCAAGAGGAAUUGGCAAACAUCAAGCGGGCGUUCGAGAGAAGUAAAAUCAUUUUGAACCACGUCAAUCAAGCGGUGCGCGAAGCCGAAGACGAACUACGUUUGUCCGGCAUACAGAAAAAAUUGGACGCCUCGCCGUUUGAAAAAGUCGACCAUCUUCUGAGUUAUGAAUACAAGAAUUUGGAUGUUACCAAACAUAAAUUAAUACACGAGGGUGGCCUUUGGCUGCGAAUCGGCGGGACUCGUCAGAAAAUGAUCGAGCUCCACGUACUGCUGCUGGAGGAUUUAAUUAUUUUGCUAAACAAAGUUGACGACAAGUACGUGUUGAAAUACUACGGAUUUCAAGACCGUACGCCCACUUUGAGUCCGAUCAUAAAAUUGUCCACCGCCUUAGUUAGACACAACGCUGUCGACAAAAAAGCCAUGUUCUUAGUGAACACUUCACAGGCCGGUGCGCAGAUUUAUGAUUUGGUCACUACAUCGUCGAACGAGCGAAAAACUUGGUUUCGUCAUAUUUCCGAAGCGACCGACGCGUACAAAGCGCGAGAAGGGAAAAUGAGGAAAACGGAACCGCAACAGCAAAGCCCUCAUCAUGUCAUUUGUGACUACGAAGACAUUAUGCAGCAGGGCGGUAGUAGUAGUGCCAAAAAAAAGUCGUUAACCGCUGAAAACUGUGCAGAACCUCCUAACAACAACAACAACAACAACACUAGUUUAAACACCUCGCAGUUAUCUACUACAUCAUUAUUGGACACGAGUAACAACAGCUGUAAUAACACUUCCAUACGCGGUGGUGGCAACGAAGACGGCUUUACAACAAAACCCGAAGCUACCAAUAGUAGCAAUCCCACUGUAGCUGUUGUCAACAACAGUUCUCCGGCGGUAUUGAGUAAAACUCAAAAAUCUCCUUUGAUCGAACCAUCCGAAGUGUUGGUAUCACAAAGCUCUGUUCUCAAAGCCGAACCAGUCAUUACACACCUAGAAAAAUUGCGACGCAACAAUAAAGUGAUCGAAGAAGCUUUACACGAACGUUUACAAUUGGUCGCCGACAUACUCAAAGUGCCUUUGGUGAACAACUCGAAUAGUGACGACAAUCCGGAUCAAAACAGCUCGGACGAACCUAACAAAAUACUACUCUCGGCCGUGUCUCAGGGCAAUGAAAUCAUCACCGUACUGAACGAAUCCAUGAACAUGACCGACGUGGACACGAUCGCCGCCAGUUUGGGCACUUCGAACCUGACGUCAAACUGUAGCCUUUACAAAGCGUACGCCUUGCAAUUGUCUCGCAUUACCAAAGUCAAACCGAUCGUCAACUCGUUGAACUCUCAAAUCACCGAACUUUUGAUAUCGACCACAAAACACGGUAAACUAGAAGAAGAACUGCGCAAAGAGCUUCAAACAUAUCGCGAAAGGCUGCAUGCUUUUCAAGAAAAAUCAUUGACAACACCAAAUACCGAAACCAAAGUGCCUGAAACUACCGCAAAAAACACUUCCAUUAACAGUACUGAAAAUAAAAAUAACAGUUCUUCAUUGGAGGUGUAAGUGUUCUUGUUUGUUUGUUUGUUUUUUUUUUUUUACAAUACACACAAUGUACUUCUGCUUUAUAUGCCUUUGUCGUCGUCGUCCGUUCAAAUCAAGACCUCUCUCUCUCUCAGCUGCUAUUAUUAUUAUUAUAAUUUUUCUUAAUUAAUAUCUUUAAAUUAAAUGUGUAAACGUCGUAGUCUAGUAGUUGUUUAAUUUAAACGAUAGUUUUUUUUUUUUCUGAAAAGUAACUAACAAAAUAUAAUUAUCGUUUUAUUUUUUUUUUUU